AUGGCAUUUAAAAAGAAUAGACUGUUCUUUUUUGUUUUUGUUUUUAUUUGUGGGACUCUAUGGUUCCAAAACUGGCACAGAUUCUAUCGGGUGUUUCUGAAGAAAUUGAGACCUAUAAAUGAAACCUAUGAUGCUCCUUUUGCCAUAGGAUGUAAAAAUGUAGCCUAUGAAGCAAACACCCAUCCAAGGAUGAAUGCUACGUUCAUGAUGCUUACGCGCAAUUCUGAUCUUGACGGUGUUUUGUCCAGCAUAAAAUCGAUCGAAAAAAGGUUUAAUCAACAUUUUAAUUACCCUUACGUCUUUUUAAAUGACGAGUCAUUCUCGGAAGGGUUCAAGGAAGCUGUUCAAAAGGUGACACAGUCCAAAGUGCAAUUUGGUGUCGUGGGCCAAGAAUUGUGGGACUUUCCAUCAAAUGUUGAUCAAAGUCUCAUUGAUGAAGCUAUCGCCAAACAAGCAGGUAUGAAAUAUGGCAACUUGCCGAGCUAUCAUAAAAUGUGUCGCUUCUUUUCUAAAGAGUUUUACAAGCAUCCUUUAGUGCAACAGUAUGAGUGGUAUUGGCGAUUGGAGCCGGAGGUUUCUUUUUCUUGCGAUAUUUCUUACGAUCCCUUUUACUAUAUGCAAAAAUAUGACAAGGUCUAUGGCUUUGUGAUUGCUAUUGAAGAAAGAGCAGCAACUAUACCAAAUCUGUUUCGUUACACAAUUGCUCAUAAGAAAGCCGCCAAUUUAGACACUACAGACCUUUGGAAGUUUUUCCUCAAUGAUGAAUACGAUAAGCAUGUUCAAAUAUUGAAAGAAGAACAAAAGUACGAUCAAGUCUUUGUAUUUCCGGAACCACCUUUAGAUAGUAUCAAUGGUGAAAUUUAUAAUUUAUGUCACUUUUGGAGCAAUUUCGAGAUUGCACGCCUCGAUUUCUUUCAAAGCAAAGAAUACAAUGAUUACAUGAAUGCACUAGAGGAAGCCGGUGGAUUCUGGACAGAAAGGUGGGGAGACGCGCCUGUACAUUCGUUGGCCGUCGGACUAUUAUUGAAUCGAUCUCAAGUACAUUAUUUUCGUGAUUUAGGAUAUCAGCAUACGACGAUUCAACAUUGUGCUCAAGAACUUGGUUGCAAUUGCGACUGUCCAUUUACUCUGCCGGAAAUUGAACCUAUAUCUGAUUCUUGCAUCAAUCGAUGGGCUGAAGUGAUGGGUGGAUUUUUGGAUGAGUAA